ACUCUCUCUUUUUCUAACUACCUUACCACAACUUCCUCUCCUUACCAAGUUUCAUACACAAAAAGAAAAAAAAAUCUUCUUUCUUUUUCCUUAUCCACAUGUGUGUAACAAAUUAAAUAAAAGAAAACUACGAUCGAUUUAGCUACAACAGAGCCAUAUUUAUAACGAAAGAACGAAAAGAGAGACAUUUUUUUUUGUUGAAUUUAAGGAUGUCGAGCAGAAGGUCGAGGCAAUCAUCAACAGGAUCCUCGAGAAUUUCAGAUGAUCAGAUAAUUGAACUUGUUUCAAAAUUGCAACAACUUCUACCGGAGAUUCGCAAUCGUCGCUCUAGCAAGGCAUCGGCAUCGAAAGUACUUCAAGAAACAUGCAACUACAUAAGAAAUUUGAAUAGACAAGUGGAUGAUCUUAGUGAUCGACUUUCUCAGUUACUCUCAACUAUUGAUGCUGAUAGUCCAGAAGCAGCAAUCAUCAGGAGUUUAUUAAUGUAGUAACUAUAUAUAUACUCCUAUGAAUUAAUUAAAUUAAUGUAUUUUCAUUU